CCUGAGCCCCGCGCCCCGGCGGUGCCCGCGCAAGGGGCCGCCCGAGCGGGCCGCGGCGCCGUGACCCUCCUCCCCGCCCCCUCGCCCGGCUCGCCCGGCUAUAAAGGAGGGUUUUAUUCUCGGGCUCCGGUCUCACGCCAAACCCUGUCACACCGUCUAGACAAGCUGUCGUGGGGCUCGGCCCAGCUGUCACCAUGGCGAUGCAGACGAGUCCGCUGUGAAUUUUGGGGGGGAGCGAGCGAGAGCGGCGGCGGAGGAGGAGGAGGAGGAGGAGGCGGAGGAGGAAGGCUCGGCCGCCGCCGUGCCGUGCCCUGCCCUGCCCUGCCCCGCCGCCGCCCGCGGGGGAGGCACGGACCCCCCGGCGCUCUCGGCCGCGGCUGGAGCCGGCCCGGCGGGGAGCCCCGGGGAGCCAGCGGCCGCGGGCGCGGAGCGAGCCUCAGAUGCGUCUGUCACACAACCCCGGCCGAGCUAUUUAAAGUAACGGGCCUCGCCGGACUUUUGUCUCUGCCUAUUUAUGAGUCCCCGGGAGCUGGCAGGCGCCGCCGGGCAGCGCUAGGAGCCGAGCCCGCAGCGCCAGCCCCGCGGGGAAGCCAGCGCCGAGCCGGGGCCGGCGGGGGCCCGCCCGGAGCAUGACGGCGAUCCGGGCGCUCCUGCUCUGCUCCUGCCUGGGGCUGCUGCGACCGGGGGGCGGGCAGCCCUUCCUGCGGCUGCGACCCUCGCCCAGCGACAACCUGCCCGUCAAAGACAUCGUGGAGCACCCGGAUCCCGAGUACGACCCCAAGGAGCAGGACCUGGACGAGAGGACUCUGAGGAAGAAGCUGGGCAGCCAUUUCGACCCCGGUUUCAUGGCCGUGGCCGUGCCGGGGCCGGCCAACGCCUCGGGCGCCGAGGCGGCGGCGGGGCGGGGGCGGGCGGCGCUGCCGGCCGAGCUGCGGCGGCUGGAGCUGGGUCCGCCCCAGGGACCGCGCCUCAAGGUGGGCAAGAAGGCGCGGCGGAAGGUGCUGCAGUGGCUCUGGGCGUACACCUACUGCCCCGUCCUCUACACCUGGAAGGACCUGGGCGUCCGCUUCUGGCCCCGCUACAUCAAGGAGGGCAACUGCUUCGCCGAGAAGUCCUGCUCGCUGCCCGAGGGCAUGUUCUGCAAGCCCGUCAAGUCGGUCACCAAGACCUUCCUGCGCUGGCACUGCCAGGGCUGGUCCAGCCAGAAGUACUGCACCUGGAUCCCCGUGCAGUACCCGCUCAUCUCCGAGUGCAAGUGCUCCUGCUAGCCUCCCUCGGCCCCUUGCACUGCCGCCUUCUGUCGUUUGGAUGAUUUUUUUUUUUUUUUUUUUUGGGGGGGGGGGUGGAAGUGGGUUGGUGGGUUUGGUUUUCUUUUUUUCCACACCCCCCCAGCGCGGGGUGGGGGUGGGGAGGAACCGGGUUUUUGGUUUGGGUUUUUUUUUUUUUUGGACUUAUUUUAAUGUUAUUUUAUUUGAAAGGGGAAAAGCGAACCCAGGAACUGCAGGGCAGGCCAAAGGCACAGUAAAGCACUACAAUCAGAUGUCUAUUUUUAUACGUAUAUAGCCUUCUAACAAAAGGAAAAUAAAAAACUAAAAAAGAGAAAAAGAAAAAAAAUAACCAGCCGUGUAAAUAGAGAGAUUUUAAAGGAAAGGGGGGAAAUUGCAGCUGUUUUUUUAUUAUUAUUAUAAUUAUUAUUGUUAUUAUUAUUAUUUUAAAGACAUAGGACCACAUUUUAAACCUGUCCCCACAGAACCUGAGCACUUCCCUGCUGAAGGGAAGGGCAGAAAUUUCCUGUAAAGAUGAUUUUAUCAAAAGGAGAAGGGGGGGGGGGUAAAAAAAAGAAAAGAAAGAACGGCAGCAUCCCCGAAGACGGUUGUUUCUCUGUGCUGUAUUUUUUUUUGUCUUCUUCAGACCUUGUCACUGAUGUUUGAACUAAUUUGCCAAGCUCUCUAGGGUUUUUUUUUUAAGUGUAUAACAAUUAAUUAAGGAGGAAAUUUUAAAGAAAAGUACAAAUCUAUGAAAGAGUGGGAUCGUUUUGUUGUGUGGGAAUACAUAUAGUCAUGUAGAGAUGUUAAAGGAAAUUUUCUGUGUACAGUUUAUUUAUUUUUAACGUUUGUGUAUAGGAAAAAAAGCUAGAGAUUAUGCCAGAAACUAUUGGAAAUGUUUACUUGAAUAUUCCUUUAAAAACAUAUCAAUGUAAAUAUGAGCUAUCACUGAUCAAAACAUUUUUAGCAAUAAACUCUAUCUUUGAAGAAAAACCC